AACGUUUUUAUUUUUUUGUUGCAGACUUCUAGAAAACAAAAGAUUGCUAAGACCUUCACUGUUGAUGUCUCUGCCCCAACUGAAAAUGGUGUUUUCGACCCAGCUGCUUAUGCCAAGUACUUAAUCGACCACAUCAAGGUUGACAACGCUACUGGUAAUUUAGGUAACGCUAUUACUGUCGAAGAAGAUGGUUCCGUUGUUACUGUUGUUUCUACCACCAAGUUCUCUGGUAAGUAUUUAAAAUAUUUAACCAAGAAGUACUUAAAGAAGAACCAAUUAAGAGACUGGAUUAGAUUCGUUUCUUACAAGACCAACCAAUACAAAUUAUCCUUCUACCAAGUCACUCCAGAAGAUGACGAAGAAGAAGCUGAUGAAGAAUAA